UAUAACAUCGUCGCUUACUUUCGCACCACUUGUCACGCAACUUCCGUCUCCUCGUUUCCUUUAAAAGCCUCUCUCACACUCUCUGCUCUACGCAACUUACAUUCACAUUCAUUCUUCUAAAUCUCAAUACUCUGUCGUUUCAACUGCGCUAUGGCACUACAAGCUCUCAACUCUCCAACAACACCGACGCCUCCUUUCCGCUUUGAAGAAGUGAAUCUUCACUGUGUUGAGCCGUGGACUAAGCGCAAAAGGUCGAAGCGUCCCCAUAACCCUCCGACCGAAGAGGAGUAUUUGGCUCUUUGUCUUGUCAUGCUUGCUCGUGGAACCACCUCCGUCCCCGUCAUACCCACCGCUAGCACCUCCUCACAGCGGCAGAAGUCUCCGCAACCUCCAUCAGCUGCUACGACAUCCUUGGACCAGAAGCUUAUCUUCAAGUGCAGCAUCUGCAACAAGGCGUUUUCUUCUUACCAAGCGCUGGGUGGACACAAGGCCAGUCACCGUAAAGGAUCCGGCGGCGACGAGCAGUCAACCUCCACCACAACCACCACCAACACAGCCGCCACCGCCACCGCACCCCACACCACUGGCAGGACCCAUGAGUGUUCCAUCUGCCACAAGUCCUUUCCUACAGGUCAAGCCUUGGGCGGACACAAACGCUGUCACUACGAAGGCGGCGAAAAAAGCGGAGUGACAUCAUCUGAAGGUGUCGGGUCCACUAUUACACAUAGCCAAGUCAGUCACCGUGACUUUGACCUUAACCUGCCGGUGUUACCGGAAUUCUCGCCUGCCUUCUUCGUCUCUGGUGAUGAUGAAGUGGAAAGCCCCCAUCCUGCUAAAAAGCCCCGUUUCUUAUUGCCACCCAAAAUUGAAGUCUAGAUUAUAAUUAAGACAUUUUAUUUUCCAUUUUUUAGCAUAAAAAUUUGGACUCUAUUUUCAUGUACUACUUUUUUGAAGCCGAUUUCAGUGAUAAUUUUUUGUGUACAUAGCAGUUGAGAUUCCCUCACUUGCUUAUGAUUUAUGAUAGUGAUUAAUUCAAUUUAUUUUUUCCCCAA